CUCCCAGCCUCCCCUCUCCUCCGCCCUGGCUUUUGGGGACUCCAUCAGCUUUUGAUUUGGGAGUACGCUGAUUGGCUGGAAGCGAUUCAACACACGCCGGGCAAGAGAGCUUUGUCUGAGUUGAAGUGAAGUUGUGCAGAUUUUCGGCUGGAGUCAGCAAUCACGGCUGUUUAGUCUGCAGCCGAGCCGGGGACGGGAGGAAGCGCUCCGCGGAGAUCGCCGCAGACUCCGCCGGCACCCUGCGCUAGAUGGACCCCGACUGCCCGCGGGGCGACGCGCGGAGGUGACGCUCUCCUGCCUGCAAGGACGGCGAACGGCCCAACGGAUGCGGGGGCUGCACGGCGUGCCGAUGCUCUCUGGAAGUCGCCACACGGUGUGUAUAAAACAAAAGUUUGCGAGCCGUUAAUGGCUGUGCCGCGUUAUUAAGAGCCGCUUUCAAGUUUCAAGUGCCAAAUGUAGCUUAGCGUUAAGUUGCCAAAGGAAGUUGCGGGAAUUGCUUUGCCGUUUUUAACUCGCUCUGUGAGAGGAACCUCGUAUGCUGACCGAUGUGCCAGAUGAAUGCUAAGAUGCACUUUAGAUUGGUUUUUGCACUCCUGAUGGUAUCUUUCAACUGCGAUGUGCUGGGCAAGAAUCUGAAAUACAGGAUUUAUGAGGAGCAGAGGGUUGGAUCAGUAAUUGCAAGACUAUCAGAGGAUGUGGCUGAUGUUUUAGUUAAGCUACCUUAUCCUCCUGCUGUUCGUUUUCGAGCCAUGCAAAGGGGAAAUUCUCCUCUGCUUGUAGUAAACGAGGAUAAUGGGGAAAUCAGCAUAGGGGCGAAAAUUGACCGCGAACAGCUAUGCCAGAAAAACUUGAACUGUUCCAUAGAGUUUGAUGUGAUCACCCUACCCACUGAGCAUCUGCAGCUUUUCCAUAUUGAAGUCGAAGUGCUGGAUAUUAAUGAUAAUUCCCCCCAGUUUUCGAGAUCUCUCAUUCCUAUUGAGAUAUCUGAGAGCGCAGCAGUUGGGACUCGCAUCCCACUGGACAGUGCGUUUGAUCCAGAUGUGGGGGAAAAUUCCCUCCACACGUACUCUCUCUCUGCCAAUGAUUUUUUUAAUAUUGAGGUUCGGACCAGGACUGAUGGAGCCAAGUAUGCAGAACUCAUCGUGGUGAGAGAGCUGGAUCGGGAGCUGAAGUCGAGCUAUGAGCUUCAGCUCACUGCCUCAGACAUGGGUGUGCCACAGAGGUCCGGCUCGUCCAUUCUUAAAAUAAGCAUUUCGGACUCCAAUGACAACAGCCCUGCUUUUGAGCAGCAGUCUUAUAUAAUACAACUCUUAGAAAACUCCCCCGUUGGCACUUUGCUCCUAGAUCUGAAUGCCACCGAUCCAGAUGAGGGCGCUAAUGGGAAAAUCGUAUAUUCCUUCAGCAGUCAUGUGUCUCCAAAAAUUAUAGAGACUUUUAAAAUUGAUUCGGAGAGAGGACAUUUGACCCUUUUCAAGCAAGUGGAUUAUGAAAUUACCAAAUCCUAUGAGAUUGACGUUCAGGCUCAAGAUUUGGGUCCGAAUUCAAUCCCAGCUCAUUGCAAAAUUAUAAUUAAGGUUGUGGACGUUAAUGACAAUAAACCUGAAAUUAACAUAAACUUCAUGUCCCCUGGAAAAGAAGAAAUAUCUUAUAUUUUUGAAGGGGAUCCUGUUGAUACAUUUGUUGCCUUGGUCAGGGUUCAGGACAAGGAUUCUGGGCUGAAUGGAGAAAUAGUUUGUAAGCUUCACGGACAUGGUCACUUUAAACUUCAGAAGACUUAUGAAAACAAUUAUUUAAUCUUGACCAAUGCCACCCUGGAUAGAGAAAAGAGAUCUGAAUACAGUUUGACCGUAAUCGCCGAGGACAAGGGGACACCCAGUCUCUCUACAGUAAAACAUUUUACUGUGCAGAUCAAUGAUAUAAAUGACAAUCCACCCCAUUUCCAGAGAAGUCGAUAUGAAUUUGCAAUCUCAGAGAAUAACUCGCCAGGGGCAUAUAUCACCACUGUCACAGCCACAGAUCCUGAUCUUGGAGAAAAUGGGCAAGUUACAUAUACUAUUUUGGAGAGUUUUAUUCUGGGAAGUUCCAUAACUACCUAUGUAACCAUUGACCCAUCUAAUGGAGCCAUCUAUGCCCUCAGAAUCUUUGAUCAUGAAGAAGUGAGUCAGAUCACUUUCGUGGUUGAAGCAAGGGAUGCGGGAAGUCCAAAGCAGCUUGUAAGCAACACCACAGUUGUGCUCACCAUCAUUGAUGAAAAUGACAACGUUCCUGUGGUCGUAGGGCCUGUUCUGCGCAAUAAUACUGCAGAAAUCUCCAUCCCCAAAGGGGCUGAAAGUGGCUUUCAUGUCACAAGAAUAAGGGCAAUUGACAGAGACUCUGGCGUGAAUGCCGAACUCAGUUGCUCCAUAGUAGCAGGAAAUGAGGAGAAUAUCUUUUUAAUUGAUCCACGAUCAUGUGACGUCCAUACCAACGUGAGCAUGGAAUCUGUCCCCUACACAGAAUGGGAGCUCUCGGUUAUCAUCCAGGACAAAGGCAAUCCUCAGCUACGUACCAAAGUCCUUCUGAAGUGCAUGAUCUUUGAAUAUGCAGAGUCAGUGACAAGUACAGCAAUGACCUCAGUAACCCAGGCGUCUUUGGAUGUCUCCAUGAUUAUAAUUAUUUCCUUAGGAGCAAUUUGUGCCGUGUUGUUGGUUAUUAUGGUGCUGUUUGCAACUCGGUGUAACCGAGAAAAGAAAGACACUAGAUCCUACAAUUGCAGGGUCGCAGAAUCGACUUACCAACACCACCCCAAAAGGCCAUCCAGGCAGAUUCACAAAGGGGACAUUACGCUGGUGCCUACCAUAAAUGGCACUCUACCCAUCAGAUCUCAUCACAGAUCGUCUCCGUCUUCAUCUCCUACCUUAGAAAGAGGGCAAAUGGGCAGCCGGCAGAGUCACAACAGUCACCAGUCCCUCAACAGUUUGGUGACAAUCUCCUCGAACCACGUGCCAGAGAAUUUCUCAUUAGAACUCACCCAUGCCACUCCUGCGGUUGAGCAGGUCUCCCAGCUUCUUUCAAUGCUUCACCAGGGGCAAUAUCAGCCAAGGCCAAGUUUUCGAGGAAACAAAUAUUCUAGGAGCUAUAGAUAUGCCCUUCAAGACAUGGACAAAUUUAGCUUGAAAGACAGUGGCCGUGGUGACAGUGAAGCAGGAGACAGUGAUUAUGAUUUAGGGCGAGAUUCUCCAAUAGAUAGGCUGCUGGGGGAAGGAUUCAGCGACCUGUUUCUCACAGAUGGAAGAAUCCCAGCAGGGAAAAAAAUAUGCCGGUUCCAUAAAACUAGCAUUCAAAGGAAAGCCAUAAUUGCAGUCCAUCUAAUGUGUAAAGUAACGGCUAUGAGGCUGUGCACGGAGGAGUGCAGGGUCCUGGGCCACUCCGACCAGUGCUGGAUGCCGCCGCUGCUCUCGCCAUCCUCUGAUUAUAGGAGCAACAUGUUCAUCCCCGGGGAAGAAUUCCCGGCACAACCCCAGCAGCCGCAUCCUCAUCAGAGUCUUGAGGAUGACGCCCAGCCUGCGGAUUCCGGCGAGAAGAAGAGUUUUUCCACCUUUGGGAAGGAGUCCCCAAACGACGGGGACUCCGGCGGUACCAGCACAUCCUCUCUGCUCUCGGAAAUGAGCAGCGUGUUCCAGCGCCUCCUGCCAGCUUCCCUGGACGCCUAUCCUGAGUGCGGCGAGGUGGACCGGUCCAACUCUCUGGAACGCCGCAAGGGUCCCCUGCCGGCCAAGACCGGGGGCUACCCGCAGGGCGUGGCGGCCUGGGCGGCCAGCACACACUUUCAGAACCCCACCACCACCUCCGGGCCCCCGCUGGGAACUCACUCCAGCGUGCAGCCUUCCUCAAAGUGGUUGCCGGCCAUGGAGGAGAUCCCUGAAAAUUACGAAGAAGACGAUUUUGACAACGUGCUCAACCACCUCAGCGACGGGAAGCAUGAACUCAUGGAUGCCAGCGAGCUGGUGGCCGAGAUUAAUAAGCUGCUCCAGGAUGUCCGCCAGAGCUAGGGGAGCUUAGCAAAGCGUUUUUUUGUUUCCAUACAUUUGGAAAUAGGGGACAGAGAAAACCCUGAAAGAACUGGCAUUGCCAAAUAGUUGCAUUUAUCAUAAAUGUGUCUGUGUAUAUUGAAUAUUAAAUACUGUAUUUUCGUAUGUACACGAUGCAAGUGUGAUUAUUUUAAUCUGUAUUUUAAAAAUACAUUUGUACCUUAUAUUUAUGUGUAAUUUAACAGACAAAUUUUAUUUUUUUACUCCCAUGACAAACACGUUUUUCCUAAUCACGUAGAAAGUAGCCACUGUUCAAAUCUGAUAUACUCUUCAACCACAAAGUAUAAGGGCACCGCUUAGAUUAGUUAUGUUGGGGGAGAAGUUGUUAUUCUGUAGGAAAAACCCCACUGAAGCAUUAUAGAGUUCUUAGUUCUAUUAGGUGAUCCAACUUAUUUUUUUCAAUACUCUUUUUUAACAUUAAUCCUCAGUAAAAACGUUAAACUUUUAUUGUUGUUAUCUGGACUGCUCUCUGCCAGUUCUGCUAGUUCCCAGUCGCAUAGCAACAUUGAAACAUCAGGUGAAAUUCGAUCUCAGAACUGGGCAGUAUCUUUUACAGUCAAUGAUGGAAAUGGGAUGAGAGUCGAUGUUUCUUCCUAAGUCCCAGGCCCCUUCUCUUCCAGGGUGUCACACUGGUCUGUUCUUGAGAAUGUUUCUCCUAAAGUAUUAUUGUCUGUUUACAAUCGAGGUAAACAAUGGAUGUCACUCCAUCACUGUAACAGGAGAUGUGCUCCAAAGAAAUGGAAUCUAUCCUUUAAAUGGAUAAUGAUGUAUUCUAACAGCAUGAAGUAUUAACUGACAAAGACAGUUAUGUCAGUGUCUCUCCUAGGGUAGUGAACAUAAUUGAUUUAGUCUGAAACCAUUCCGUUUGAAUCUCCCCCUCUCCUCUCACAAUACUUGAACAUUUUUAUCUUUUGCAAUGUUUUUUUUUUUCUAUAACUAUUUGCUUUUAGCCUUUGUCUCCAGUGCAUGAUCUCAUAUUUUUGCUUUUAUUUUUAGUAUAAGAACAUUUAUAAAAUUACAUUUUUGCAAUUGCAAUACUGUUUUAUUUGUUGUGUGACAAACGACAAGUUCUCUAUUUAUUGUGCUGUUAUCACUCUGUGUGGAAUGCUUUGGUAAGGGAGAUCGUUAUUAUGACUUUUCUCAUUUAUGACCAAGCUUCAAUUAAUGUUAUUUCUAUGACUACACUAUCUUGAUUGUACUCUCCAGAAAAUUUUACUGUCGAUGAAAAUAAAAGAAAAAUUCAAGUAAA